AGACACCCCGUUAAGAACAAGACUCAAGGAUCAUUUCAUCAUCAGUUAUCUUGUGUUUACUUUCCUUCCCUCAGCAUGGCACAGCUUUCUGAAAGGGAGUUUAUUGACAAGCUGAGGUUCGAGAAAUAUGAUACAGAGCAAGCUAAGGCAGAGGAAAGCUUGUAUCUUAUGGAGUGUAUAGUUGGCAGUGCUCAUUGGAAGACGGGAAGUGAUCUCCUCAACUUACUUCGCAAUGUGGGCACCUCAGUACAGGCCAAAAUGCCAUGGGAAACAACACCGUGCAACAUGGUGCAACGUGUCAUAAAAAUAGUAAUUGAUGAAUACAAUACACUGCUUGGAGGAAAUCAAGGCGUAGAGUACCCGAGCCUCUCACAGUCCAUGCUGGUAGACCCUGCUUGUGGAGAUCUCCCAAAAUGUACAGAGGUUAUUCAUGAGCUGCAGGACAGAGUACUCGAGGCCAUUGCUGAACAGAAAGCUGAGGUUGAGCAAAGCCAAGAAUUAAUAGCUGGCCAAGGUGUAAGCAAGAUUCACAAUGAUGAAGUCAUCAUGACGUGUGGAAUGUGUCCGCUGGUCUUGGCCUUCCUCACUAAGGCAGCCAAACAAAGGAAAUUCCAUGUUUUUGUUGCUGAAUGUGCACCAAAAUAUGAUGGUCAUCCAAUGGCAAAAGCUUUAUGUAGUGCUGGAAUUCAGACAACACUGAUUCAAGACUCAGCAGUGUUCCCCAUCAUGUCACGGGUCAACAAGGUCAUCAUUGGCACCAGGACGGUGGUGAGCAAUGGAGGCAUCAAGACCUUUGUUGGUGCUGCCUCUCUUGCCUCAGCAGCAAAGUUUUAUUCUGUUCCUCUGUAUGUGUGCACUCCCACAUACAAAUUUAGCUUGAUGGGUUGUGAAGAAAUAAGCCAUGAAAGCAGCACUUCCAUUAUCCCAAAGGGAACAAAGUUUCCACUAUCUGUGAAUGCUGCACUGACCAAGUUAGACUAUGUUCCCCCUGAAAAUGUCACCAGCUUCAUAACUAACAAUCGAGGCAUUGCACCAUCCUAUGUGUACCGGCAGCUUAGUGAACUUUACCAUCCCGCAUCUUUUGAUUUCUAAGGUAACAGCUUUAUUCCUUGCUAAUAGACAAUAAGGGAAAACACUUGCAUAAGAAGACACACCUGACGUUUAUACUGUUAUGCUGUAGUGUUCUGUCAUUUUCCUUUCGUCUUUUAUCCUAGAAUCAUUUUUGCCCAUUCUAUAAAAAUGUUGAAAUGAAUGUUUGGUGUAGUUUUUGUAACAUGUUAUUAAUAAUGCAUCUGCUUUCCCUGAUGAAGAAUAUUGCAGCUUUAGCAGUAAUGUGACAGCCAAUUUAAGUGUCUAGAUUGUGCUUUGGUGGGAGGUAAAUUUUAUGUAUCUUGGAAUUGUGCAGGUUAUGGCAAUCCCUUAAAAUAAAGAAAAUAACUAUAGACUGUC